AUGGCGACGAGCCUAUUGCUGCGAGUGUUGACGACUCAGGAGUUGGCGGCUGAUAAAUCCUUGGUGCCUCUCGUUAACAUGAUCAACAAUGUAUACGGAAGAGGUCUUGAGGGAGUUGAGGAUCUUAUCGAUCGAUACUCUGGAUCGGACGCUCUACUGGACGAUCUCGGGACGGAGGGCCUGUGCGCAUUUAUGCUAGAUACCAGCCAAAAUCUAAGACCAGUUGCAGUAGUAGGAGCGAAGAGAUGGAAAGGCUAUCGAAACAGGGGCAAUCCCUACGAUAAUGGAGGGGACUGGGAGAUUGGCCCUGCGGCAUCUGAUGGCGACCCUCAAUAUCGAAAGAAAGGACUUGUUGAUCAAUGUCUAGAAGCCUUGUACACGAGGCUCUUGGCCGGGGAACAGGCUGGCACAGUGCGGCUUCGGAUGACUGUGCUGGAGGAUGUCAACGCCCCCUAUUGGAGACGGAAGGGUUAUGAACAAGAUGGAGAAAGAUGGGUAAUACCUCGAGGUCGAUGGCACAAACUCUUCGAGUAUACUGUGAUUGAUAUGGUGAAAGAGAUCUCUGUUAUUCCAUCUCCAGGAAUGGGAACUUGA